AACACAACACCACAAUGUAUGCAGAUUGAAACUUUCAUGUGACCUUUGGCGCUUGGGAAUGGACGUUGUUGCGGGAAGGGCACCGAGUAGCACAAGCGCCAGUGGCAGUACUGGUGCCCCCUUGGCAUAUGUGCGUGCUGGGGGUAUGGCGUGGACAAUCGGGGGGUGGCAUCGGGCUGAUUGUCGGCACCAGGCGGCGGAGCAGGCGCCGGCUUGGGGGUGUGUCGCGGGACCGUUUCCCGCGGCGGCCCGGCGAGCCCGGCGGAGAGCCCACAAGGAAGUUAUCAGCGUACCAAGGGCGAGGGGAAGCGGUGUUGGUGGUGGAGGUGAUGGAGAGCCUGAUGACGGGCCAGGAGGCGGGCCUUUGCAGCGUUUAAGACAACCGGUGGCGGGAGGGAAACGGCGACGAUUCCGGUUCUGGAUUGACUACCAGGCUUUCAGCAGUGCAGGCUCUGCGGAGCUCAUUGAGAGGGCGCUGGUGGCUGUGGGCGGCGUGCGGGCUGGCGGGCCGCCCAAGCUGGACGCAGCCACGGGCGCCAAGCGCGAUGAUGGCGUGUACGGCUACAUGCACAUGGACAGCUGGGACCUGCUGUGGAGCGUGACGGCCAAGGCGGCGCUGGCGGCGGACCUGCUGCGGCACCACCAGAUGCUAGCCAUCGUGCCGGGGCUGCUGGCGGUGAGCCGCAAGACGACGCUCGUACGGAGCUUGCGGGACAUGUUCGGGGAUGCGGCGUGGGGCAUCGUGCCCAGGUCGUACAAGCUGCCUGACGAGCUGGACGAGUGGGGGCAGUGGGUGGCAGACAACCCGGGCGCGGACACGGGCAUGUGGAUGCUCAAGAACAACAAGCAGCGCGGCACGGGCUUGCGGCUGGUGCGGACCAGCGAGGCCUUCACAGCGUGCUUCGAGACCGUGUCGCGGCCCGACCUGCCGCCCGGUAUGCGGCUGUACCGCUGGUACCUCGCCCAGCAGUAUAUCACGCGCCCCAUGCUCAUAGAUGGGCGCAAGUUCGGCGUGCGGGUGUGGGUGCUCGUGUCUGACGUGGCGCCGCUGCGGCUGUACAUACACGGUCGCGGCCUGGUGCUGUUCAGCUCUCACAGGUACGACUCCGAACUGGUGGCGGGCGCUGAUGGGUCGGGACCGGCUCCCGGCCACGUGACUAACUACGCGCAGAAUGAGAAUGGCGACGUGUGGAGCCUGGAGCAACUGGCGGGGCAUGUCGGGGCGCGGGCCUUCAGCAAGCUGUGGGCAGACAUGUGCCGCGGCGCCGCCAUGGCCUUUGCCGCGGCGCUGCCGCGGUGUGCGGAGGUGAUGGAGGGCGUGCGGCCGCCGGCGCACUCGUGCUUCCAGUUCUUCGGCCUCGACUUCUUGGUGGACGCCGCGGCCAGGCCCUGGCUGCUGGAGGUGAACGCGACGCCGUCUAUGAAGGUGGAGCACGAGGACGCGGGUGUGGCGGCGCUGAUCGGCGCUCAGAAGUGGCCGGCGGUCCGCGACAUGGUGGCGCUGGUCGGCAUCUCGCCACAGCGCUUCGAGGAGGGCGCGGCGGGCAGCCGCGGCGCGCCGGACCGCUCCACGCCCGCCUACGCACUGGAGGAGCUGCGGCGCCGCGGCGGUUUCGUGCCGCUGCUGCACCUGCUGCCUCACCCCGCCGCCUCCACCACGCCGGAGGCGGCGGCCGCUGCGGGCCUGCUGCGGCCGCUGCCCUGGAGCCGAGCGGACCGGGUGCUGCGGGACUGGUGCAAGGGCAGUCGGGAGUACCAGGCGGCAGCGGCGGAGGUGCCGGCGCUGGGUGGCGAGGCGGCGCUGGUGGCGGCGUGAGGCGGCGAGGGUUGAGGGGCGGCGUGAGGCGGCGAGGGUUGAGGGGCGGCGUGAGUGGUGGGGAGAUGCGAGGUGGCUGCGUCGUGGCUGAAUGGUUGCUUGUGGCUGCUAGUACAGGCGGUGGUGUGCAAUGCGGCGGGUGAGGCGCAGGGCGGCGUAGUCUCAAUGGUGUGCAUCGUAUUCCCAGACGGCCAGACCCCAGCAUGCAGUUGUCAAGAUGCUUGAAGGAAACGAAUGCGCACAAUGCCCGAGGAGGGUGUCGGAGCUAGCAGGUGUUCGGUGCCGAGACAUGCGUGUCAAGCCGCAUCGUGUUUGAUGGAUAGCUGCCAGAUUAUUGUAGCUAUCAGGGGAACUAUCGGAAGGGGAAGUGGUGCUU